AUGAGUUCCAUUGUAGCAUAUUCAGAAAAAGACCAAGAGAUUUACAAAGUGAAAAAAGGUGUCUAUAAGAACGACUGGGACGAUUUGAUUAAGAGUUAUAAAUUUUUUGAAAACGAGUUGUGUUUCCAUGGUAGCAUUCUACUUCGUGGAAAUAAAAUUGUAAUACCACAGCAACUCUGCAAGAGUGUCUUAGAUGCUGCAUACGAAGGUCAUCCAGGUAUCGUAGCGAUGAAGGGACGCUUGAGAUCAAAGAUUAUAAAAAUAGUAAAAGAAAUGUUCAGUAGACUUGGUUAUCCUAUUUCUAUCACCGCAGACAAUGGCAAGCAGUUUGUUAGUGAAGAGUUUCGAUCUUUCUGCAAAGAAUGUAACAUUAAGUUAUUUAGUACUGUACCAUAUUGGCCUCAAAUGAUCGGCGAAGUUGAAAGACAAAACAGAGAUAUUUUGAAACGUCUUCAUAUCAGCCAGAUUGAGAGGAAGGAUUUAAAAGAAUUUUUGUGGGAGUAUCUUCUAAUGUAUAACAGCACCCUUCCUUACAGUUACCGGAAGGUUACCGUCUGA